AUGUGGUCGCAAAAGCAGUUCACACUUCCCUCCCGCUCCCGUGGGUCCUAUCUCAUCACCGACACGGUGCUGAAGGAGUUGCCUGAGAUUAAGUCCUACAAGGUGGGGCUGCUGCAUCUGUUUAUCCAGCACACGAGCUGUGCGUUGAGUUUGAAUGAGAAUUGGGAUGAGGACGUCAGGGCCGACAUGAGCGACACCUUGGACAGGAUUGUCCCCGAGGCCGGCCCGAAAGGCGAAGCUUUGUACAGGCACGAUGCAGAGGGACCCGACGAUCUGCCUGCCCACGUCAAGUCUGCGUUGAUCGGGGCCAGUGUCACGAUCCCUAUCAAGGAUGGGAAGUUGGCAACGGGAACCUGGCAAGGAAUAUGGUACCUCGAGUUCCGGGCCGCAAAGCACACACGCAAGAUAGUUGCCACCAUCCAAGGCGAGAAGGCAUGA